CUUAUACCCACUAGCCACCCCAAAUAUACCUUCCCAUUAGCGCUUAUAAGAGAAAUAAAAAGCUAAGCCAUAAACAUGCAGGGCAUGUAUGUACCAGACAGAUUUACCCUGAGGUCUUCCCAAGUCCAAGACGGGAUGGGGUUGUACACCAGCAGAAAAGUCAAAAAGGGUGAGAAAUUUGGUCCGUUUGCUGGAGAAAAAAGAAUACCUAAUGAAUUAGAUGACAACAUGGAUAAGAGAUUAAUGUGGGAGGUCCGAGGUAACAAAGGGGAAAUUCUUUAUAUUUUGGAUGCAACCAAUCCUCGUCAUUCUAAUUGGUUACGCUUUGUACACGAGGCUCCAUCCCAAGAACAGAAGAACUUAGCAGCCAUCCAGGAAGGAGAGAACAUUUUCUAUCUCGCUAUUGAUGACAUUGAAACAGAUACAGAACUGCUUAUUGGUUACCUAGAUAGUGAUAUGGAGGAAGCUGAAGAAGAAAAUGCAGAUGUAACUAAUAAUGUAGUUAGCAAGGAGGAAGAUGAAAGCACAAAAGAAGCCCAGCAACCUGGGGUUAAAGAUUAUUUUAAGUGUAAAGAGGAUCACGGCUGUCCCCACUGUGAAUCAAGUUUUCCAAGUCAGGAAAUUCUUGCAGAACAUCUUCAAGCUCUGCAUCAAAAGCCAAGCGAGGAAAAGGAGUUCAAAUGCCGGAAUUGUGGGAAGAAAUUCCCGGUGAAACAGGCUCUGCAGCGACAUGUUCUUCAGUGCACAGAGAACAUCAGCUCAGGGGACACUUCAGGAAGUUAUCAGUGUUCCGUUUGCAAUACCUCCUUUGGCUCAGCGCAGAGCUUUGAGCAGCACAAAGAUGCCUGCAAAGUAGAUGCAAGGUUUAUAUGUAAAGCUGAUAGCUGUGGCAAGAAAUUCAGAAGCAAAGACACACUGAAAAAGCACAAAGAAAAUGUUCAUGCAGGAAACUCUAAGAAGAAACUUAUGUGCUCUAUAUGUAACAAGAAAUGUUCCUCGUCUGUCAAUCUUCAGGAGCAUCGAAAGGUUCAUGAGAUCUAUGAGUGUCAGGAUUGUGACAAGAAAUUAAUUUCAGCUAACCAGCUUAGACGGCAUAUGAUAACCCACUCAGAAAAGCGCCCCUACACCUGUGAGGUUUGCUGUAAGUCCUUCAAACGACUUUAUCAAGUGACUGCACACAAAAUAAUACACAGCGAAGACAAACCAUACCAAUGCAAGCUAUGUGGAAAGGGAUUUGCCCACAGAAAUGUUUACAAGAAUCACAAGAAGACCCAUUCUGAGGAAAGACCUUUCCAGUGUGAGGAAUGCAAGGCUUUGUUUCGGACUCCUUUUUCUUUGCAACGACACCUGCUAAUACACAACAGUGAGCGAACAUUUAAGUGUGAUCAUUGUGAUGCUACAUUCAAAAGAAAGGACACUUUAAAUGUUCAUAUCCAAGUGGUCCAUGAUGGGCGUAAGAAGUACAAAUGUGAUCUCUGUGAUAAAGCUUUUGUGACACCUUCAGUGCUUAAAAGUCAUAAAAAAACACAUACAGGAGAAAAAGAGAAGAUUUGUCCAUACUGUGGUCAGAAAUUUGCUAGCAAUGGAACACUUCGAGUUCAUAUACGAAGCCAUACGGGUGAGCGCCCGUACCAGUGUCCAUAUUGUGACAAAGCUUUCAGUAAGAAUGACGGGUUAAAGAUGCACAUUCGGACACACACAAGGGAAAAGCCGUACCAGUGUAGUGAAUGUAACAAGGCUUUUAGCCAGAAGCGAGGCCUAGACGAGCAUAUGAGGACCCACACGGGAGAAAAGCCAUUCCAGUGUGAUGUUUGUGAUUUGUCCUUCAGUUUAAAGAAAAUGUUAAUCCGACAUAAACUGACUCACAACCCUAAUCGUCCAAUGGCAGAGUGCCAGCUUUGCCACAAGAAGUUUACAAGAAACGACUACCUCAAAGUACACAUGGAGAAUGUUCAUGGGGAAACAGAUAGCUGAAUUGCAUCUGUCAGUACUUAUACAUGUUUAUGAAAUCAGUGAUCUUGUGCCUUGCUUCAAUAUUUGUAGGUGCACAUACAAUCAUAGGGCCAGUACAGUAUAUUGAGAGGAAUUCUCAGAAGUGGCACUUUACUUAUUGAAGGUUUUACACCUAAAUCGUACAAGCAUUGUUGCUUUUGGGACAGAUGCAAUAAAGUUUAUGUUUAAAUAAGUUGUCACUGUGAGAGACGUUAGGUUUACGAGAUCCCUUGAGGAAUUCAAAAAAGUUAACAUUUACAAAGUUACUUGCUUCACUGCAUUUCUGAAUUACAAUGUGAAAACAGUGCAAUAUAUUACUCAAGAAAAUUAGCUUUAUUCAUUUUACUUUUCCAUUUAGAAUAUUACAGAAUAAAUUAAAUUAGUUUGCUGUUUAUCAGUUUAAAUUUGUGUUCUUACAAUAACUGUGAAACAAAAAAUACAAUUUUAAAUAUCAAUACUUUAUAUAUGAAUUUUUUUACAGUCUUGCAA